AUGGCCAACGUCUACUUCGAUAUCACAAUUAACAACCAGGCUGCGGGACGUAUUGUCUUCAAGCUAUUCGACGACGUCGUUCCCAAAACUGCCAGAAACUUCCGAGAGCUCGCCACUGGCCAGAAUGGCUUUGGAUACGCUGGCUCUGGAUUCCACCGUGUGAUCCCUUCAUUCAUGCUUCAAGGUGGUGACUUCACCAAGCACAACGGCACUGGCGGAAAGUCCAUCUACGGAGAGAAAUUCGCAGACGAGAACUUCCAGCUUAAGCACACCAAGCCUGGUCUUCUUUCCAUGGCCAACGCUGGCAAGAAUACCAACGGCUCCCAAUUCUUCAUCACCACUGUCGUUACAUCUUGGUUGGAUGGUGCCCAUGUUGUCUUCGGCGAAGUCGUUGAGGGCUUUGACAUCGUCAAGAAGAUCGAGGGCUACGGCAGUCAGUCUGGAAAGCCCAGUGCUACUAUCAAAAUCUCAGCUAGUGGCACAGUCUGA